AUGACGCUAGCCGUUCUCGGUCGCGCACACCGCCAACACCAGGACUGGUUCGACGACAACGACGCCGCCAUCAGCAACCUACUCGCCGAAAAGAACCGCCUGCACAAAGUCUACGUCGGACGUCUCAGGGACGACAACCGUAGUCGCAGCCUUUACAGCAGCGGCUCCGCGGGAUGUAAGACGCCUGGACGGCAUGCAAGGCUGAGGAGAUCCAAGGGUACGCCGACCGCCACGAAUGGAAGAAUAUCUUCUCCGCAGUCAAAGCCGUCUAAAGUUGACCAACCAAGAGUACAGUACUUAUUCUCAACGCCGACGACAGUACCGUACUCAUUGAGGAGGCAGAAAUUCUACAGCGUUUGACCGGCACUUCGGAGGCUUCCUCAACCGUCCCUCCAUUAUCUCCGAUGCCGCCAUCAUCCGUCAGCCGAGAGUGGAGACCAAAGCCGACCUCGAUUUUGCGCCCUCUCUUCACGAAACCACCAGAGCUCCUCCUCCUCCUUCUCCACCUCCACCUCCACCUCCUCCUCCUCCUCCUCCAUCGCUCCACGUCUGUCACUGUGGUGUCUGCCAUGCCCAUCAACACUACACACAAUCCUGACACAAACAAUCACCAACACCCCCACCGUCGACAUCAGUGGUGAGGACCUGUCCUACACCUGUCCUCAUUGCGACCGCACCUUCAUCUCACAUAUCGGCCUAUUCGGCCACCUGGUAAUCCAUCGCACAAGGACUGGCAAACCGGCGUCUGGAGCACCAGCCUACAUCCACUGCAUUCGCCUCCACUUUACACAAUGCCCUCGCACAUUCAUUCACCGCAUGGGCCUAUUGGGCCGCAUUCGUAUCCAGGAGAGCGGAAUUGGCCGGAAUUUCAACCCACUGAAUACAUCCGACAUAUUUACCAUGCUUAGCCCCGUCCUCACUCCAUCCGCCCUUUGCCUACCACCACCAGCUCUAUCGCACCCAGUGCGUCCUCCACAUCCAAUACGCUCAGCCCUACUUAAACCCCGUCUCCCAGCGCACCCACCACUACCAUUACCGUAG